AUGGCAACCUCGGCUCGAUACCCUCUACCAGCAUACUACAAUGCUUCAUUGGCGCAAGCCAAAGAGUUGAGUUUCGACCCUCCCGAUCACAGCCUCGAACACCUUGGCACUCGUGCAGACAAGUUGAUGGGCCGUACCCUCGGUCCCAUGCCUUUCGAUGAUUUCCUCAACAAAUUCCUGACCCCGUCGGAGAAGCGUGUGUGUGGACGAGGGAGCGGCAACAUCGCCAUUCACGCCUAUACUCCCAGUCCCUCACGUCUUGAUCCAACAAAGUGCUUGGUUGCUCCCGCAGACUUCGAAACUGCUGCCAAGGCUGCCAACGCCGACGAGAAGUGCGAUGCGCUGCUCGAGGCGCUGCCCAAAACCACUUGCAUAUUCAGAGAUGCGGGGUCUUAUCGGGAUGUGGUGCGGCGAGUGGGACCGUACAAGCCUGAUAUUCUCUGCUACACCAAAGCCAAUUUCGAACACAAGGAAGCUCUUCGGCUUCCUCCGUCCAGUCGCCUUGAACUCGGACUUCUAGAGAUGUUCAUCCAAGUGAACGCUCACUCCUCCUAUGACAUAUUUGUUGAUCCGCCGGCUGGAGUCGACCCUAAAGCAACCAACUGGAUGUUUACGGCGACCGGCGGCGACAACAAGCUCCAACUCCUCAGGCGUCUCGCACACGGACGCCACAUUGCUCUUGUCGAAGAGAUCCUCGCGCGCCAGCAUCGCACCUGCCUCUACACCGCCGUGGUGUCAGGCUCACAGGCUCGGCUGUAUCGCUGGGAUAGAAGCGGAUGCGUAGUCACAGAGUCGUUCGAUAUCUGCCAGACCCCCAACUUUGCCAACUUCCUCUUGCACUUUCACUGCCUGUCCGCGAUGGAGCGCGGUUUCGACACCACCCUCGAGAGGCCGGCGGGGGCGGAAGAGGCGCUUUUUCUCCAAGUUGUAACCGCGCACGUCAAAGCACAGCUCCAGCUUGAGGAUGAAGACCUCAGGAAAGCGAUAUCGGAGCACUACGAACCCGGCAACGCCGUAGUACUUCCUGUUUUGGGUCAUCAACUCCCGGUCGACGAGAGAAACGUCCGGCGCUAUGUCGUGUCCAGGCCAGUCACGCAUCCCAUCAGUCUCUGUGGCAAAGGUACUCGGGGAUACUGGGCAGUCGACAUCGGCACCCACGACAUCGUCUUCAUCAAGGACACCUGGCCUUACAUACGCGAUACGUUCGAUGUGGAGGGUGAGCUUCUACGACGGAUCAACAGAGCUGGAGUGCGGUCAGCGCCGUCGCUCAUCUGGCACGGCAUCGUGCCGUACACCCUAGAUCUAGAGGGGGGCAUACUAGCUGACGAUGAAGCGAUUGUCCAAAGUACACAGGCAGAACAGCUCGCGUUUUCGGACUGGGUAUCGACGAUGACAACAGGAGAAUGGAUUGCAAUGCCCAUGCAGCCGCACUACCGGAUAGUGGUAGGCACGGUUGGGUACUCCUUGGCAUGCCUCACCGGCUCAGGGGAACUGCUCCAUGCGGGUUACGAUGUAAUGCAAGCCCUGAGAGAAGCCCACGCCAAUGCUGGCAUUCUGCACCGCGACGUGAGCAUUGGGAAUAUCAUCCUUGUUCGAGAACCCGGACGCAAGUUCAGACGCGGCUACCUGAUUGACUGGGAAGCUUCGUAUCCGACCGAUAGUAAAGGUGGAUCGCUUGACCUCGGACUCACGUGUACAUAUGAGUUUGCAUCCAGCAAAAUGCUACUCGAUCCGGUUGAAAGGGCCGGCACGCUGCAAGACGACGUCGCCUCGCUGUUCUAUGUGAUCCUCUAUUACGCCUUCCUGUUCUUGCCCCACCAUGCGCCACAAGCCAUCGAACGACACUCGUUCUACAAUCUCUUUCAGCUGGCGACAGAUCCCGACUUGGACGGCGAUUCCCCUGCUCCUUGGGGCAAGAUCCGCAACGAGCAGACCGGUCACUACAUCAAAGGCUUCACCUGGCCAACCCUCUUUCGUGAAUGGCUGGACUACGCCUCGUCGCAGCCAAAUGCGACUGACGCUCAUGCCAGCGAGAACGAAAGGGGCUGGCCAUACGUGAACGACCUUAAUGUGUUCUGGUGGUCAUUCCUGAGGCAACACGGGGACGCGUUGCCCACAAACGACGCCUGUGAACCGGGUCACGCUUCCGGCGCCGACGGGGAUGAGCCACAUUGUUUGUCUCCUCCAGCCAUGGCGCCGAAAAGGGCACGCGAACCCGACCCGCACGCAGAUGAUGAAGACGAAGACGAGCGGCCUAGCAAGCGGAUACGUCUUGGUGCAGGGAGAUCGUCGGCGCCGUGCGAUCCGAGCCGUCUGCUUCCUCUGGUGGCGGCGAUGCGUAGAAUCAUACAAAUCCUCCUGUAA